AUGGUGCCUCCCCCGUCCCCCCAGCGUCCCCCCGCAGGGGCUCGCGGCACCGCUCCCCUCUCCCGGUACUGGCAGUGGCGGCGCUGGGCGAGCCGCCGCCGCUGGGUCUGGGUCUGGCGAGGCAGCGCCGCCCCCUGGCGCUCCCCGGCCCGCCCCCAGGCCCCGCCCCGCCUGGGGCUGGCCAGGGGCCGACACCACCCGCAGGUGCCCGGCGGCGGAGCGCCCGCUCCCUCCCCGCCCCGCAGCCUCCCGGCAGCCGCGACCCCCGAGACCCCGGAGCGCGGUGCUGCUGCGGGGGUGCCGUCACCGGCAGCGCGGUCGGGCAAGGUGCCCGUGGUCCUCCUGACCCGCAUUGACCCGUCGGCCUAUCUGCGCUCCGGGACCGGCGGGGAGCGGCGCGCCGCGGAGCCUCGGCCGGGAAAGGCCGGGAAUGAUGCGGCUCCGCUCGGCCCGGAGCGCCCGGUGGGGGCCGGCGGGGACCCCGCGCGCAGCGACAGCGGCCGCGUCUGUCGCACGGGGCACGACAAGGAGAGCUUCGAGCGGCUUUACCGCGUGGGACCGCUGCUGGGGAGAGGCGGCUUCGCGUCCGUGUACUCGGGGGUCCGCCUGUGUGACAACAGCCCGCCCAGCGGCACUCGCGUUCCCAUGGAGAUAGCCAUGUUGAGGAAGGUGUGCUCCGGCUGCAGUGCCAUCAUCCAGCUCCUCAGUUGGUUUGAGCUGCCCCACUCCUUUGUGCUGGUUCUGGAGCGUCCGGAGCCAUCGCAGGACCUCUCCGACUUCAUCAAAAAAUGGAGGUUCCUGCCCGAGGAUCUGGCGCGGGGCAUUUUCCUCCAGGUGCUGGUGGCUGUGCGGCACUGCCACAGCUGCGGUGUCCUGCACAGGGAUAUCAAGCCCAAGAACAUCAUCAUCAACUUGGCCACCAGAGAGGUCAAGCUUAUUGACUUUGGUUGCAGCACCCUCCUCAGGGACACGGUCUACACCAAAUUUAGCGGAACACCUUUGUACUACCCGCCGGAGUGGUUCCGCUGGCACUGCUACCACGGCCGUCCGGCAGCGAUCUGGUCCCUGGGCGUGCUGCUGUAUGAGAUGGUGUGCGGGGUCCUCCCCUUCCGGUGCUGCGAGGACAUCGUCAGCGGGCAGCUCUUCUUCCAGCGCCGGAUCUCUGUCGAAUGCCAGCACCUCAUCAGGUGGUGCUUGUCCAUGAGAGCUCGCGACAGGCCAUCCCUGGACGAUGUGUUCAACCACCCUUGGCUGCAAACAUCCACUGCCCCAGGAGACAGCCGCCCUCCACCCUCACAGCCUGAGCCAGCAGCUGGGCAAUGAGGAGAGACAAGAUCUGACAGCAAAGCAACAGACAAAGCGGCUACUCCAACACCAGCCACGAGCACUGCAGCUACUCCAACACCAGCCACAACCACUGCGGUGACACCAACAAUGGCAACAGGCACCGUGGCUACUCCAAUGGCAAGGACUGUCACUACAGCUACAACUCCAGCAACAUGCAGUGCUGCUAUUCCAACCAGGGCAAAAAAAGCAGUGUGGCUACUCCAAACUCAGUGACAAGCAGUGAGGCUUCUCAAACCCAAGCCACAAGCACUGCAGGUACUACAAAUACAGCGACAGACACAUCGGCCACUCAAACGCCGAGGACAGGCACUGUGGCUGGUGCGACCCAAUUCAACAUGCCCUGCAGUUAAUCCAGCCCCAGGCACAAGGACUGCAGUUACUCCACCACCAGUUUUAAGCUCUGCAGCUACUCUAUCUCUGGGAAGGAGCAAUGGCGCUACUCUAAGGCCUGCUAUGUAUACAGUGGCUACGACAACCCCAGCCGCAAACACUGCAGCUACUCCAGUGCAAGCCACAACCACUGCAGCCUCUCCAACGCCAGUGACACACACUGCUGCUUCUGCAGCCCCAUCAACAAGCAGUGAGGCUUCUCCAACCCAAGCCCUAAGAACUGUGCCUACUGCAACCAUGG